UAGGAAUACCCUGCCCGGUCAUGUGAUCUCCCUUAACCCUCUCCGCUCCAGAAUCUAUGGAGUCAGCUCCCCGGUGACGUCACGAACAGACAUUCCAUUGGCCGCCCCCGGGUUCGGAGCUGGGCGCGAUGGAGGUUUACAUUCCGUCCUUUCGCUAUGAGGAGAGCGACCUGGAGAGGGGAUACACGGUUUUUAGGAUAGAAGUAUUGGUAAAUGGAAGAAAGCAUUUUGUUGAGAAGAGAUAUAGUGAAUUCCAUGCACUUCAUAAAAAGCUAAAGAAAAAUAUUAAAACUCCAGAGAUGCCCUCAAAGCAUGUAAGGAACUGGAUCCCUAAGGUACUGGAGCAAAGGCGGCAAGGACUUGAGUCAUACUUGCAGACUAUUAUUUAUGAAAAUGAAGAGCUCCCUAAAAUAUUUCUGGAUUUUCUGAAUGUUCGCCAUCUGCCAUCGUUGCCAAAAGCGGAGAGUUGCGGCUCCAUUGAGGAAAUUGAUUCAGAAGAAACUAGCAAACUGUCCCACCAGCCUGUGCUGCUAUUCCUGAGGGAUCCAUAUGUCUUGCCUAAAGCCAACGAUCUUGCAGCCAAUGUGGUGAUUGAAGGAGUUCUUCAUGGUAUAUUUUACCCACAUCUUCAGACCAGCUAGAACUGCGAUAUCGUCUACAAUAUCCAUCCUGAAACCAGCAGAGCUGACGGGAGAGUAAUCCGUUUUCUUGAAAGCUUGACUGCAGUGGCGGCGAUGAGGCCACUUAACUGAGUAUUAGUUUACUUAUUGUUUACUAAAGAAUCUAAUAAUGGAUGCAAAGGGAGCAAGAAGAACCCAUCAUGAGGAGAGUCUUCUGCCAGUGUACAUGCCAAACAGGUUUGCAUAUGGAUGUUUGGAACAUGCCAGAAGAUGCCAUUCUAUUGGCCCUCAGUUACAGUAAUUCCUAUAUUGAAGAUACUACAGUACCCCAGUCCACAACAGGUUCCAUCACUGGAAUUUUCACUGACAGAAAUCACAGAGCACUUUCAUUUAGGACACGUAGGGGCGAGGUGUCUGUUGGGCAAUUAUCUAAAACCGUAUGAAGUGGUUAUGAGUAUAUGUGAUAUUAAAGGGAACCUGUCAUCCACUUUAUGCUGCCCAUACUAACGCCAGUAUAAAGUAGAGACAGGUGAGUUGAUUUCAGUGGUCUGUCAUUUAUAACUUAAAACGAAGUGGUAUACUUGGUAAUGAGCUACUGUAUAUAAACUGAUUGUAAAUAUCUUUCUGGAACAUUAGCAAUUAACCUGCUGCUCAACUGCUUAAAAUAAAGGGAAGCAUUAGACCUAUUGAGGACAGCUGUGGUGGUCCAGGAGCCUCUACCGGUGAGUCAUAAUAAUCUUCCCAAAUGUAUCAUAAAAUGAAGUUUAAAUGGGUUUUCUGAGACGUUAACUGGAUAGGUCAUCAGUAUCUGAAUGGUGAGUGUCUGACAUCUGGAACCCCCGCCAACCAGCUGUUUAAAAAGGCAUUGGAACUCGUGUAAGAGCCGCGGCCUCCUCGCAGCUUUCCCUAGGCCACGUCACAUUCAUCAGUCAUGUGGCUUAGAUGCAGCUCAGCCCCUUUGAAGUGAAAGGGGCUGAGCUGCGACACCAAGUACAGCUGCUAUACAAUGUACAGCGCUGCGCUUAAGAUCGCUAUGUUUACAGGAGCGCCGGUGCCUUCUCAAACAGAUGAUCGGCAGAGGUCCCGAGUUAGGACCCAUACCGAUCAGACACUGAUGACCUAG